GAACAGCGAGGUGUCCCUAAUAAAUAUUAAAUAUGGCUCCGUUCUUUAACCUGUGACGAACCGUCUCCCUCUCUGACGGUGCGAACACGAACCGCAGCUGCUCGCGUCCUGUUUUGAUCAGCUGACCUGCGGUCACAUGACUCGAUCCUCUUCCUCCGACUGUGCUCGACACGCAGCUGAGCUCUUCUGGGGCAGGUACGUGAAAACAACAGGAGCUCCAGCCUGUUCCUGUGUGUCUGCCGGUGGCCGGACAGCUGACGGGCAGGUGGUGGGGUGUUCCGGGAUGAAGAGCCGCAGAACUCGGUGUGAAAAACGCAGCAUUUAAAGUAGCUGGAGUCCGAGUUUCUCUCGCUGCAGAGCGUCACGGUGACGGCUGGAAGUUCAGUUUGGACUGAAGUCAGGGUCGCACUGAGGAUUUAGGGGAUCCUGAGCAAGUUUCUGGGUUUUUACGACUUUGUGUGUGACGUCACUUGAAGCUGAGCGGGCGGUGUUUGUGGUGUCCAGGCUCACCAGCUGAGAGGAAAAACCAAAAUCAUGCCAUCCAACAAAUCGGUGUCAGACGCUCCCAUCACUCAGUUCAUCAACUGCAGGAUCCUGAGGGACAACGAGCUGCAGAGCGAGGACCUGUGGGUGCGUGAGGGGAGGAUUUUAGAUCCAGAGAAGCUGUUCUUCGAUGAGCAGGGAUACGCUGACACACGUGUGGACUGUGAAGGCAGCAUCAUUGCACCAGGCUUUAUAGAUGUCCAGAUCAAUGGAGGUUACGGCAUCGACUUCUCUCAGCCGUCCGAGGACGUCGGCAGUGGAGUUUCGUUUGUGGCCAAGAAGAUCCUCGAACACGGCGUGACGUCCUUCUGUCCCACUCUGGUCACCUCCCCUCCUGAAGUUUACCACAAGGUUUUGCCUCAGGUCAAAGUUCAUAACGGAGGACCACAUGGAGCUGGAGUUCUUGGGUUUCAUCUGGAGGGUCCGUUCAUCAGCGCCGAGAAGAAAGGAGCCCACCCGGAAAAAUACCUCCGAGCCUUCAAGUCCAGAGGGUUCGAGGACCUGACGGAGGCUUACGGCAGCCUGGACAACGUUGCCAUGGUGACGCUGGCUCCCGAGCUGCCCGGCAGCCAAUCGGUGGUGAGGGAGCUGAGCCGGAGGGGCAUCACCGUGUCCUUAGGUCACUCGGUGGCCAACCUGUCGCAGGCCGAGGAGGCGGUUCAGCACGGCUCCUCCUUCAUCACUCACCUGUUCAACGCCAUGCUGCCGUUCCACCACCGUGACCCCGGGAUCGUGGGUCUGCUGACCAGUGAUCGGGUCCCUGCGGGCAGGACGGUUUAUUACGGCAUGAUAGCCGACGGGAUCCACACCAACCCUGCAGCCCUGCGAAUCGCACACAGAGCUCACCCAUCAGGUUUGGUGUUGGUGACGGACGCCAUCACCGCGAUGGGUCUUCCUCCUGGCCGUCACACUCUGGGCCAGCAGGUCAUCGAGAUCCAGGGUCUCCACGCCUACGUGGCAGGCACGAAGACUUUGAGCGGCAGCAUCGCCACGAUGGACAUGUGUGUGCGCCACUUCAAGCAGGCCUCAGGCUGCAGUGUGGAGGAGGCUCUGGAAGCCGCUUCCCUCCAUCCGGCUCAGCUUCUCGGAAUCAGCUCCAAAAAGGGAAAACUGGACUACGGCUCAGACGCAGACCUUGUUCUGCUCGAUGACGGCCUCACCGUCAAAGCCACCUAUAUUUCUGGAGAGGAGGUUUGGAGACAAGGACAGUAGAAGGAGAUGAAGAUGGAAAGUGGGCCGUCAGCUGGGACCUUCUGUGCCUUUGUGCUGCCUGAGCGACAUGUUCUGGUUUUAACGGGCCGACUGUGGAGAGGAUCCAGAUUGUUUAGUUUAUUUUAAAUUCAUGUUGCACGAAUGUUUUAAUCUGCACCAAGAAGCUCUGCAGAGCUGAGUGCAGCAAACACUGCAGGAAAAAUGGACCCGAGUCACAUGCAAUGAAAUAUUAUCACACUAUUAGUUUAUUAAAUGUCAGAUAACAUGUUUUCCUGUUAUAUGUGGAAAAUGUUUUCCUGCCUUUCAAACAGCCAAAGAUUUCUGUUUAUUACCCUGAAAAUCAGCGUGCAGACUUUUUAAUCUCUCAUGUUUGUUGUUGGAAGUCGUCUGAUGUUGUGUUACUGCAGCUGCAUGUGCAGUUAUGAUGCGCCUCGUCUGCACCACCUCAGCAGAAACUGCAGACAGGGUCGGGCCUCCUGUUGGACGUUGGUGCAGCCUCUCAGCUCAUCCUCUGUAUCUGUGUCCUCAUUUUACUUACUGUGAAUGUCUGUGGUUUAAAACACUAUGGGUGCUCGUGAUGGUGCAGUGGUUAGCACUGUUUUCUCCCAGCAAGAGGGUCCUGGGUUCAAAUCCACAACCUAGCUGUGGUUUGUGGUGUGAGCAGCACUGUGAUCCACGCUGACACCAGCCCUCUGACUGCUUUCACAGACUAACAGUAGGAAAUAUUCACUUUGUGGGUCUCUGUGUGUGUAUGAGACGGAUCUGAUGAAAACUCAGGAGCGCUUGGAAAAACCUGGAAAACGUCUCCACACAGCUGGUGCUGAAAUGCUGCCCCCUGGUGGUGAAAGUUUUAGUUUACAUUUGCAGAGGGUAAUCCUUUACCCACCACCCGUGGGGGCCCGCUGGGGUGAGCCUUGCUUCUGGUUUCUGGACUGAGCGGUUUCUGUCAUAUUUCAGAUCUGCUUCAAGAACAGAAUAACUGGGAGCGCGUCACCUCUGCCUGUGCAGCCUAUCAGGGCUGAAAAACCUGCAGCCAUGAAGGUACAGGGAGGUCACCACAUGUCGUCUUUAUGGGGCACAGAGUUAAGGCUGUGCUCCCAUGAAGCUGUAUCCCCUCCCUGUGACAUCAUGCAGAUCCAAGAGGAGGAAGACUGUGAAAAACUGGGUGUUCAGAGCAGCCUGGGAUCAUCUGUACAAACAGGAGCAGGAGAAACGUGCCCGGUCCUCUUUAGCUCUGCACCAACACAGGAUGCAAAGAGGGACAAAAACAAUUAAAAAAUAACUUUGUUUUCAUUUUAGUUUCGUUUUUUAUUGUUUUAAAAAGUUCAGUUUCAUUUUUUCUUAAUUAAAGUUUUAAUUUUUUCCUAAUUGUUUGUGAAAAUUUU